AUGCAAUUCGAUUUGCAUAGUUUGGUUUAUUGUUUAUUGUUUGCCACUUUCAACAUUUGCCAUGCCAAAACUAUAAAGAAAGCGGAAGCAAAUCUGCUGAGACCAUUGGAAGAACUUAAUCCAUGGCAGGGCAAAUCAUUUCCCUAUGGACCCGGAGAAGAUUCCCACAACGACAAGAAAGUGCAACGUGUGCAAUCGCAGUCCAAUGACAUCUCAAAAUCGAAAGAUAGCUGGCAGGGCAAAUGGUUUCCAUAUGCGCCUGGUGAACCUCACAUUCCAAUAACCGAAAAGACCGAUCUUCAGCCUGAUCCCACCCAGAAGACACCAACAUCAACAAAACCAAGCAGCAAUAUUAAGGACAGCUGGCAGGGUAAAUGGUUUCCCCAUGCGCCAGGCGAAGUAAUCGCAGAUAGUACAGUGAAGCCAGCGGCGCACAAACCGAUUGCCGUUUGUGAUGAUGGCGUGAACAACCUUGCCGUCGACUUUGAUCCGCUGGAUGUGCGUCACAACUACAACUAUCUGUGCCUGCAAAGCAACCGAAGCCACUUUAAUCCCAAUCUCAACACUGAGGCGCUGUUGACGAAACACUUUUUGCCCAGUGCCUACGUGCCGCCCGCCAAGUGCUUAAAUGAGUCAAUUGGCUAUAGCCAUGAGCCGCCUACCAAUGGCGCGUUUCGUCCUCUGCCCUCUGUUUAUGGCACCUACAAGUAUUUGCCGCCUCAACGCUACAUGCGCAAUCUGGCCGAGGGUGCCAUCAUUAUGCUGUAUCAUCCCUGUGCCUACCACGGCCAAGUGGAACAACUGCAGCAUAUUGUACGUGGCUGUCUCUAUCGCCAUCUCAUCACACCGUCUCAGGACUUGACGCCUGAACGACCGUUGGCGUUGCUCUCGUGGAGCACCAGUCUCAGCAUGUCGGUUGUAGACAGUAAGCAGGUGGGACAAUUUAUUCGAAAGUAUGCCAAGUAUGGACCACUAGGAAUGUCGAAUCUGUCGCGUGUCGUGGAAAAGCGAGAUUCCUAUAAGGCGGCGUUGUUGACGGAGGCUCAUCUAGUGACUGAUUUGGAUGACAGCGAGCUUUGCGGAUACCUGGAAGAGCAUAUGUAACCACUUGUUAAUUUUUACCAAACAUUCGAAUGACUAUUAAUUGUAAUUAUUAAUUAAUAUCUACGUACGGUGUACAUUCCUUAAGAUAUUAAAUUUGUUUUUGCGCUUUUUUAA